AUGGAUCUGUCAGAGCUUGGAGAAGCCGCAGCCUUCCUCAGAAGAAGCGAGGCUGAACUGCCUUUGCUGCAGGCCACGACCUUUGAUGGGAAGAAAAAAUGCUGGGUCCGGGAUGGUGAGAAAGCUUAUGUUGAGGCUGAAGUAAAAGGGACUGAAGAUGAUGGAACAAUCAUUGUUGAGACUGCAGAUGGAAAGAGUCUGCGUGUCAAGGAGGACAAAAUCCAGCAGAUGAAUCCUCCAAAGCUUGAAAUAAUUGAAGACAUGGCAAUGCUGACUCACCUCAGUGAAGCAUCUGUGCUGCAGACCCUGAAGGGACGCUAUGACCACUGGAUGAUCUAUACAUAUUCAGGUCUCUUCUGUGUGACCAUAAACCCUUACAAAUGGCUUCCAGUGUAUCAGAAAGAAGUCGUGGCUGCCUACAAAGGGAAGAGGCGAUCAGAGGCUCCCCCUCACAUCUUUGCUGUUGCUGAUAACGCCUUUCAGGAUAUGCUUCACAAUCGGGAGAAUCAGUCUAUACUCUUCACAGGAGAAUCUGGUGCUGGAAAGACUGUGAACACCAAACAUAUUAUCCAGUAUUUUGCCACCAUAGCAGCCAUAAGUGAACCUAAGAAAAAGCCGGGGACUUUAGAAGAUCAAAUCAUGCAUGUGAACCCUAUCUUGGAAGCAUUUGGAAAUGCCAAAACCCUGAGAAAUGAUAACUCCUCUCGUUUUGGCAAAUUCAUCAGGAUGCACUUUGGUGCCAGAGGCACGCUGUCGUCUGUCGACAUCGAGAUCUAUUUGCUUGAAAAAUCUCGGGUGAUUUUCCAGCAGUUGGGAGAAAGGAACUACCACAUAUUCUAUCAAAUUCUGUCUGGAAACAAAGAACUUCAUGACAUGCUCCUGGUGUCUGCAGACCCCUCUGACUUUCACUUCUGCUCCUGUGGCGUAGUUGCUGUGGAGAACUUGGAUGAUGCUGAAGAAUUGCGGGCCACACAACAAGCCAUGGACAUCCUGGGCUUUCUUCCUGAUGAGAAGUAUGGAUGCUAUAAACUCACUGGAGCCAUCAUGCACUUUGGAAACAUGAAAUUUAAACAGAAACCCAGAGAAGAGCAACUGGAAGCAGAUGGCACAGAAAGUGCUGACAAGGCUGCUUUCCUCAUGAGCAUUAACUCCGCUGAGCUGGUAAAGUGUUUGAUCCAUCCUAGAAUCAAAGUUGGUAAUGAAUAUGUUACCAGAAGUCAAAAUAUAGAACAGGUAACCUGCGCUGUUGGUGCCCUGUCCAAGUCAAUCUAUGAGAGGAUGUUCAAGUGGCUGGUGGCGCGGAUCAACAGGGCCCUGGAUGCCCAGCUGCCAAGGCCGUUCUUCGUCGGCAUCCUUGACAUCACUGGUUUUGAAAUCCUUGAGUACAACAGCCUUGAGCAACUUUGUAUUAAUUUUACCAAUGAAAAACUACAACAGUUUUUCAACCAGCACAUGUUUGCUCUGGAGCAAGAGGAAUAUAGGAAAGAAGGCAUUGACUGGGUGCCCAUUGACUUUGGUCUGGAUUUGCAAGCCUGCAUAGAUCUCAUUGAGAAGCCAAUGGGCAUCCUUUCCAUCCUUGAAGAGGAAUGCAUGUUUACCAAGGCUACCGACAUGACUUUCAAGACCAAACUCUUUGACAACCAUUUUGGAAAGUCAGUUUACCUCCAGAAGCCCAAGCCUAAGAAGAAGAAAUAUGAGGCUCAUUUUGAACUUGUCCAUUAUGCAGGGGUGGUGCCUUAUAACAUCAGUGGUUGGCUUGAAAAGAACAAAGACCUCCUUAAUGAAACAGUGGUGGCUGUAUUUCAAAAGUCUUCCAACAGAUUCCUGGCAAGCCUUUUUGAAAAUUACCCUAGUACCGACAGUGCUGUACCAUUUCGGGAGAAGAAACGCAAGAAUGGAGCUUCAUUCCAAAUGGUUGCAUCUCUGCAUAAAGAAAACCUAAAUAAAUUGAUGACUAAUCUGAAAUCAACCGCAGCUCAUUUUGUGAGAUGCAUAAAUCCAAAUGUGAACAAAAUGCCAGGUGUAAUGGACUCUCACUUGGUUCUACAGCAGUUGCGCUGUAAUGGUGUCUUGGAAGGGAUCAGGAUAUACUGCGAAGGUUUUCCAAACCGGCUGCUAUAUGCUGAUUUUAAACAAAGGUACUGCAUUCUGAAUCCAAGGAUCUCUCCAAAGAGCAAGUUUGUGAGCAAUAGAAAAGCAACUGAAGAACUACUUGGCUUCUUGGACAUAGACCAUACCCAGUACCAAUUUGGAAUCACUAAGGUGUUUUUUAAAGCUGGGUUUCUGGGCCAACUGGAAGCAAUGAGAGAUGACCGACUAUCUAAAAUCUUCACAUUAUUCCAAGCCAGAGCACAAGGCAAACUGAUGCGAAUCAAAUUUCAGAAAAUUCUGGAAGAAAGGGAUGCACUUCUUUUGAUCCAAUGGAACAUAAGAGCUUUCAUGGCGGUGAAGAACCGGCCUUGGAUGAGGCUUUUCUUCAAGAUCAAGUCUCUUGUUAAAUCUGAAGGAGUGGGAGAAGAGAUGGCUGGACCGACGGGAGAGUGUGUACAACUGCGGAAAGCCUUGGAGAAGUCAGAUUCUCAGAGGGAGGAACUGGAAGCAAAGCAAGUCUCCCUCAUUCAGGAAAAAAAUGACCUGCUUUUUCAGCUGCAGGCUGAGCAGGAGACCCUGGCGAAUGUUGAAGAGCAGUGCGAGUUGCUGAUUAAAUCCAAGAUCCAGCUGGAGGCCAGAGUAACGGAGCUGUCCAGGCGGGUGGAGGAAGAAGAGGGGAUAAAUUCUGAGCUGACUGCCAGGGGGCGGAAACUCGAAGACGAAUGUUCUGAGUUGAAGAAAGAAAUCGAUGACCUGGAAACAAUAUUGGCAAAGGCAGAGAAGGAGAAGCGUGCUACAGAGCACAAGGUCAAGAACCUGACUGAGGAAGUGGAGUUUCUAAAUGAGGAGAUCAGCAAACUUAACAGAGCAGGCAAGUCGGUGCAGGAGGCCCAUCAGCAGGCCCUGGAUGACCUGCACAUGGAGGAGGAGAAGCUCCGUGACCUCAGCAAAGCAAACCUGAAACUGGAACGGCGAGUUGAUGAGCUUGAGGGUGCCCUUGAACAGGAGAGAAGAGCAAGGAUGAACUGUGAGAGGGAGGUGCACAAACUGGAGGGCGAGUUCAAGCUGAACCAGGAGAAUAUGGAGGACAGGGAGAGAAGCCAGCUUCAGCAAGCAGAAGCUUUGAGGAAGAAAGAAUUCGAAAUAAGUCAGAUGAAUUCAAAGAUGGAAAGUGAGAAAGGCCUGGUGGCUCAGCUUCAGAAGACAAUUAAGAAGCUGCAGACUCAGAUACAGAAUUUGAAGGAGAAACUGGAAGCUGAAAGAACCACUCGAGCCAAGAUGGAAAGGGAGAGAGCUAACCUCACCCAAGACCUGGCAGACUUGAAUGAGAGGCUGGAGGAGGUAGGAGGGGCCAGUUUGGCUCAGCUGGAAAUAACUAAGAAACAGGAAACAAAAUUCCAGAAGCUUCACCGAGACAUGGAAGAGGCCACAUUGCAUUUUGAGGCAACUUCUGCAUCUUUGAAGAAGAGACAUGCAGAGAGGCUGGCAAAGCUGGAGAGCCAGAUAGAAAACCUACAACAGGUCAAGCAGAAACUGGAAAAAGACAAGAAUGACUUGCAGCUAGAAGUGAAUGAUCUCCUGACCCGUGUUGAACAGAUGACCAGAGCUAAGGCAAGUGCUGAGAAACACUGCAGUCUGUAUGAAGAGCGCUUGAAUGAAGCAAAUGCAAAGCUGGAUGAGGUGACUCAGUUGGCAAAUGACCUGACAGCGCAAAAGACAAAGAUACGGAGUGAGAGUGGUGAGUUCCUAAGGAGGCUGGAAGAAAAGGAGUCUCUGAUAAAUCAACUUUCCAGGGAAAAGAGCAACUUUACCCGGCAGAUUGAAGAACUGAGAGGGCAACUGGAAAAAGAGACCAAAUCCCAGAGCGCCCUGGCCCAUGCCCUACAGUCAGCCCAGCGUGACUGUGACCUUCUGCGGGAACAGUACGAAGAAGAGCAAGAGGUCAAGGCCGAGCUGCACAGGGCCCUAUCCAAAGGCAAUGCUGAAAAGGUGCAGUGGAGAAUGAAGUACGAAAACAAUGCCAUCCAGAAUGCUGAAGACUUGGAGGACGCCAAGAAGAAGCUGGCAAUUAGGUUGCAGGAAGCAACCGAUGCCAUGGGGGUAGCCAAUGCCAGAAACGUCUCCCUGGAGAGGUCCAGGCACUGGCUGCAGCUGGAGCUCGGGGACGCCCUAUGUGACCUUGGGAAAGCCCAUUCGGUGGCAGCUAGGCUGGACCAGAAGCAGCAGCAGUCUGACCAGGCCCUCGCCGACUGGAAGCAGAAGCACACGGAGGACCAGGAGUUGCUGGAUGCCUCUCAGAAGGAGGUCCGGGCCCUCAGAGCUGAGCUCCUCAAGUUCAAGCAUGCUUAUGAGGAGAGUGCCAUGGGCCAGGAGGCACUCAGGAGGGAGAAUGAGACUCUCCAAGAAGAGAUUUCUAAUCUGACAAACCAAGUUAGAGAAGGAGCCAAGAACUUAACUGAAAUGGAAAAGGUCAAGAAACUGAUUGAACAAGAGAAGACUGAAGUCCAGGUGACCCUGGAAGAAGCAGAGGGAGUUCUGGAAUGCAAUGAAAGCAAGAUUCUUCGCUUCCAGCUGGAACUCUUGGAAGUGAAAGCGGAACUGGAACGAAAGCUUUCAGAGAAAGACGAAGAAAUAGAAAAUCUUAGGAGGAAACAACAGCAUGCUGUUGACUCCCUGCAAUCUAGUCUGGAUGCUGAGACUAGGAGCAGAAUUGAAGCUACUCGACUGAAGAAGAAGAUGGAAGGAGACCUCAAUGAGAUGGAACUCCAGCUUGGCUGGGCCAACCGGCAGGUGUCAGAGACAACCAGAUCCCUGGGCCAGCUCCAGAUUCAAGUCAAGGACCUUCAAAUGCAACUGGAUGACAGCACACACCUGAACAGUGAUCUGAAGGAGCAGGUAGCUGCAGUUGAACGACAUAAUGUUCUUCUUCAGUCUGAACUAGAGGAGCUGAGGUCCUUGCAGGAGCAGACAGAGCGUGGGCGCAGGCUGGCAGAAGAAGAGCUCCUGCAGGUCACAGAAAGAAUCCAUCUCUUCCAUACCCAGAACACAAGCCUCCUCAGCCAGAAGAAGAAACUGGAGGCGGAUGUUGCCCGGAUGCUUAAAGAAGCUGAAGAGGCAUUGCAUGGGUGUCAAAAUGCAGAAGAGAAGGCUAAGAAGGCAGCUACUGAGACAGCAAACUUGUCAGAAGAACUGAAGAAGAAGCAAGACACCAUUGCCCACUUGGAAAGGAUGAGAAAGAAUAUGGAACAGACAAUUAAAGACUUACAGGAAAGGCUGGAUGAAGCUGAACAGAGUGCCCUUAUGGGGAGUAGAAAGCAAAUCCAGAAACGAGAAUCCAGGGUUCGUGAACUGGAAGGUGAACUGGAGGGUGAAAUCCGUCGCAAUGCAGAGGCCCAGAGGGGUGCCCGCAAACUGGAACGAUGCGUCAAAGAGCUGACCUAUCAGGCAGAGGAAGACAAGAAGAAUCUGAGCAGAAUGCAGACUCAGGUGGAUAAACUUCAGCUGAAGGUGCAAAGUUACAAGCAGCAAGUUGAGGUGGCGGAAACACAAGCCAAUCAAUAUCUUUCCAAGUAUAAGAAGAAGCAACAUGAGUUGGAUGAAGUAAAGGAAAGGGCAGAGGUAGCGGAAUCUCAAGUCAAUAAACUGAAGAUUAAAGUGAAAGAGUUUGGAAAAAAGGUUCAAGAAGAAUGAGCAUUUCCUGCUUUUAAGGACAACAGCUGGAGAAAUACAAGGAAGGAGCCAUUUCAUGGCCCAAAACUUGGGUUGCAUUAGAAACAAACGUUUUCAAAAGCAUAUUUAUAUGGUGUGAAAAGCAAUUUAAACAAGGUGAUUAGAAAAAUAAUACAGGGAUUAUCAUUGCUUCCAAGGUUAAUGGGGAUUUUUUGAUCCUCAAAUGCAAGUUAGCUACCUUCUAACUUUUCACAUGAAAGAUUGAAUAGAUGCAAGAAUCUUUUAAAUUCUGAUGUUUAAAAAUGAAUA